AUGUCUACAUGGUUCACUAUUAUCGCCCGGGUAGCCGAGGUAGAUAGAAUCCCGGACUCCGCAUAUCGCAAUGCCCUGUGUGAGUUCCAGGAAGGCAGCAAUGAUGCCACAACAGGAGAUUGGAGGAGCUUUUAUAUAGCAUUCUACGGCGAUCUUUUGGAAUCUGGGAGAGCAUACAUGAUACGCGGUCAGGCUCGGCUUCCCGGAAAUGACCAGGCAGAGGCUCCUAAGGCAAGUAUUCUCUACGCUCUCUUUACUGCCUUUGAUGCUAUUCCUUUAUUAAUAGACCACCUGCCCAUCCAUCAGUUACGUAUCAAUGCGGCAGCAGAGCUGACGUGCACACCGCGAUUCGUUGACGCUACGCGUACGUUCGAAUUCGAAGCAAAGAUUACUGGAUACUAUGGCGAUCCCGCCCCUCAAUCCUUACGCAACGACAGAGCCUUCAAAGCUUCCCAAACCCGAACUAAGACUCAAUAUAUUUACGCAGAACAAUCCCCUAAAUUCGACCGUGCCCUUGGUAAUGAAAACCUGCGCGCCCAAAGUAGGCUUUUUAUCGAUGGCUUUUACACCUUCCCCGAUGAGGAGACUCAACAACCGGGAUAUAUUGACUUGCUCGCCGUUUCCUUUAACUGGGCCAGCAAAGACCCGGUAAACAAGACAGGUUCUCCUGCUAAGGGGGGUUCAUCUCGUCGCAGAAAUGUACCGCUUAAGAUAUCACCUGGAAAGCAAGCAAACAUCAGCGUAGCGCCUGCUCCCAUGACUCCGCCUAACUCGCGCCUUCUCUUGCACAGUGGGAGUUCCGCUUCAACGCCUCAUACUGUAUCUGACACGUUUACUCCCAGAAGGGCCAGUUCCACAUCCUCUAUCGUUACGGGCGAUGUCAGCAGGGAAAAUAGAAUUGUUGAUUUUAAGGUUCUCGGCAGCGAGCCUGAGGCUCAAAAUGCUCAUUCUGCUGUAAGCGCUUUGACACCAAGUGCUUUCCAGAGCAAGCGCCAGGCAACUGAACCCUCCCACGAGCCUUCUUCUAAGCGCAGUCGGAAGCCGAGCCAGAAAGCAAAGGAGAUGCUGACUGAAGAUGAGCUUGAGGAAUAG